CCUACAAAACAGCGUCCCUUUAAGAAAUUUUUGUUUAGACUGUUUUUAAUGUAGCUUAUUUCUAAACAGUAAGGUGUUGAUAAUACAAUAUAAUGAAGUUGUAAUCCUGGCGAGAAGAUUUGAAUACAGGUUUCCACAACAUUCAACAAACCUAACUUAUAAUGACUGAAGAAAAGAGUCUUGAGAAUGAAAUGGAAGAACAGAAGCUUGCACCAUCACAGAAGGCUAUGAUAGAAAGGAACAGACAAAAAGCAUUACUUCUUAGACAAGCCAGACUGAUGAAAAAACCUUAUGCUAAAGAUAAAAAUGAUGUGGGGCAAAAAGUGAAAGGUCCAGCUAAAGUGAUUGACACUGGCGCAGGAUUUUACCUUGAGGAAGAUGACGAAGAAGACAAAUUAAUGGCUAAUAUUCCAAUAAAGCAUGCUCCUGGCCCUAUAGUUACAGAAAAUAAAAUGUUUUGUGAUGAUUGUGGAAAGGAGAUGCAGGAGUCUUACUUGAAAACCAAUUAUGAUGUAGAUAUCUGUGAUGUAUGUAGAGAAAAUGAAGAUAAACACAAUUUAAUUACCAAAACAGAUGCAAGGACAAAGUAUUUAUUACGAGAUGCUGAUUUUGAUGUUAGAGACCCACCAUUGAAAUUCAUUUCUAGGAAGAAUCCACAUCACAAGUCUUGGGGAGAAAUGAAACUCUUUUAUGAACCUCAGGUAUAUAAAAGAGCAAUGGAAAUAUGGGAAACUGAAGAGAAGAUAGAAGAAGAAAGAGAUAAAAGGGAAGACAAUAAAGAAAAAACAAAGCGAAAAAAAUUUGACAAGAAAGUCAAAGAAUUGAGAUUGGCUGUGAGAGGAAGUUUAGCAAGAAAAGACAGAGGACCACAUCAGCAUGAGUAUGGGGAGGAAACAUAUGAUGAAGAAGAAGAUAUGUACAGUAAAAAAUGUCAGACAUGUGGACAUAUUGAUACAUAUGAAAAAAUGUAAUGGCUGCAAAUGAGAAGGAAGUUAUUUGUAUAAUAAUAGAUUCAAAUCUUGAAAUAUAAUAUAACAUUUGAUAUAAUUGUAGUCUGUUGUUUCUUUUUGAACAUUUACAUCUUAUGU